GGAGGAGGGAGCCGAAGGUGCUAGGCGCUGCCACGCCUGGGUGGCAGCGGUGGGGGGCGCCGGUUGCCCGGGAGUGUGGCGCAUGCGCAGUCGGGCGCCGUUGGCGAGCGGGGGGAGCCGAGCUGCGCGCGCUGACAGUAGGAACAGAUGGAUGAUUCAACUGUGAAAACCUUUUGGGACAGAGUGAAAAAGAAGAUUCAUUCAGCAUGAAUGACAUCAACCUGAAUCCUGUGGGCAUGGAUCAGCUGAGUGCUUCAUCUGUUAGUAGUACCUUGCCUGUUACAGCAAGUCACCUGGGCAUGAGUUCACCCACUCACAACCCUCUCCCAACUCCAGGAAUGCCUGUGGCAAUACCAAACCUUAGUCCUUCUUUGAGCACUCUCCCGUCUGCCCUUUCAUUAAUGCUUCCAAUGAGCAUUGGAGAACGUGGAGUAAUGUGCAGCAUUCCAGACCGGAAUUAUACUUUACCACCUCCUCCUUAUCCACACUUGGAGAACAGCUACUUCCGGCAUAUUUUACCAGGUAUUUUGUCUUAUUUGGCUGACAGACCACCUCCCCAAUAUAUCCAUCCCACAGCUAUAAGUGUAGAUGGCAGCCCUGCACUGCCUGUCUCCAGCAACCCACCUACCCUGGAUCAUUAUGAACCCAGUAGUGGAGUGAGUUUGGAGUCUGGCAUCGUCUCAAUAGACUCAAGACAAGUAGGUACUCACAAUUCCCAAAAUCUGCACCAGAACAACAACCCAGAGGUUCCAUUGGAUGCCAACAUCUCCAUGGAAACGGUUUCCAGAGUAAACAGCCCCAUCUCAACAGAAGGAAUGAAUGAAGAGAUGACAAUAAGUGGGGUUACAGGAGAGCCUCAGACAUUGCCCUCUGGAUCCAGAAGCCAUGAAACAAUAACUGUGGACUCAGUGCAGAAUAAUUUGGAACCAGAGGCAGUAGUAGGACAGAAUACAGUGAUUCCAAUUCAUGCUAACUCUCUGGAGUUGCCAGUUGUCAUGGAACCGGAACCAAUGACUGGCCGGGUAAGCAACAUGUCCGAGAAUUCUUUGAGUGACUCCAUCCAUGCUGCUGCACUGAACCCAAACCCAGGAGGAGUGGCUCUUCCUUCCUCCCACUCCCUACCUUCACUCGAGCCAGUAUCUCUACAUGGAUCCAGCCUGGGACUGGACACGGUCUCCGUUUCCACCAUUACAACGGAUGUCUCCAUGAGUUCCAACCAGGUUGAUGUGUCUGCAGAAAACCUUACAUUUGUGUCAGGAUCUCUGCAGAUGGAGGACUCCAGUUCCAAUAAAGAAAACCUCACAGAUUCUUUCACAAUCUGGUGUACUCUGUGUGAUCGUGCUUACCCUGCAGACUGUCCAGAACAUGGGGCAGUGACUUUCAUUCCAGACACACCCGUCAACAGCCGAGCCAGACUCUCGAUUCCAAGACAACUGACACUCAGGCAGUCCAUCACUGGAGAAGAUGUUGGUGUGUGGAGUCAAGAAGCAAUUCCUGUACGCACCUGUUUUGGACCUUUGAUUGGACAGCAGAUAAACUUGAUGGAAAUCACUGACUGGUCAAGCAAAAGCAGCACCAAUAUCUGGAAAAUAUUUCGCAAUUAUGUUCUGGAAUUCCAAAUAGUCACAGCAGAUGAGAACAUCUGUAACUGGAUGAUGUUUGUGCACAGAGCCAGGACUCGCGAGGAGCAAAAUUUGGUGGCCUAUCCUCAUAAUGGGAAAAUUUAUUUCUGUACGUCCAGGGAGAUCCCCCCUGACCAUGAGCUACUCUUUUACUACAGCAGGGAUUAUGCAAGGCAACUUGGGGUUCCCGAGCAUCCAGAUGUGCACAUGUGUCAUUGUGGGAAAGCUUAUGGGACGUACAGUGAACUAAGGUCGCAUCUGAGCAGCCAUGGACAGAACCGGGAGAGGAAGUGGAAGUGCUCCAUCUGUCCAAGAGCUUUUACCUCCUCCACCAAACUGAAUGUUCACAUGAUGGGGCACAUGGGGAUGAAACCACACAAGUGUGAAUUCUGCAGCAAGGCAUUCAGUGACCCCAGCAACCUGCGAACCCACCUCAAAAUCCACACAGGUCAAAAAAACUAUCGCUGUGAAAUGUGUGACAAAUCUUUUACCCAGAAGGCUCACCUGGCCUCGCACAUGAUAAUCCACACAGGAGAGAAGAACCUGAAGUGCGAUUAUUGUGAAAAAAUGUUCAUGCGGCGGCAAGAUCUCCGUCAACACGUGGUGACCCAUACACAGGAGCGACAAAUCAAGUGUCCGAAUUGUGACAAACUCUUCUGGAGGACAACUCACUUAAAGAAACAUCUGAAUUCUCAUGAAGGAAGAAGGGAUUUCAUUUGUGAAAAGUGUUCAAAAGCAUUCUUGACAAAGUAUCAUUUGACGAGACACCUAAAGAUUUGCAAAGGCUCCAAGACGUGCCUGCCCAUACAAAAUCUAGAGGAAGAGGAUGAGGAGGAAGUAGAUAGUGAAGAAGAAUUGUUACAGGCUGGUAGUGGGACUUGCCAUUUAACCAAUGACGAUUACACCACAGAAGACAGUUCUCAAUAGUACAAGCGUAUUGCAAAUUGCUUUAGUGAUUGUCCAACAAGAUGCAUGAAGCAUAGUUGGAGAUGGAACUUUAAAGAGCUGUCUGCCCUUUUAAGCAAAAACUUAUUCAUGGAUUUAUUGCAGUUUUCCUUGCUGCAAAAGGUUAAUGGCUGCUCAGAUUCGCAACAUUAUAAAUGAUUAGCAUAAUGGAAUCUAGAGUCCAACUUGUUUUUUGAUUUAAGUGAAUCAAAUGCAAGAUUGUCCUCCCAUAUGGAGCAACAGGAAAUGAUGCAACAGGAAUGCAACAACGAAGUGGGUAGCUUGGAGUCUGCGUCUGAGCACCUGUUUAUUCUAUAUUCACAAGCAUGUUUAGUGAGAUUCUAAAAUGGUAAGUUCCCACAGAGUCAAUCCAAACAUCAAAAUUUUAUAAAAUACAUUGCCCAAAUCCUUCUUCAUAUAUAUGAUACAAUGAAUCAUGCAGCUCAUUGGCAAAUGACUGAAGACAGGUCAGAGUGAACCCACUGAUGCCAGCAUAUAUGAUAGUAUUUUGCCUUAUUGACUGAGUAGCUGCUUAUCAACCUAUAGCACCUUGUUGCUUCCAAUUAAUAGCAAUGUCCAAAAAAAAGUGAAGAGUUUGAUCAACAUGCAAUGUAAAUUGAAAACUUUUAACACUGCUUCAAGGUAUUAAAUAUAUUAGCUGAUAUAGUUUGUUUCCUCUGGACUGCAUAGUCCGGUAUAAAUACAACCCAGUAGAGGACAACUAUGCCAGAAUAAACUUAGUUUCAUCAGGAGCUAAUAAUAUCUCGGAAAAUUAAUUUAUCUUAACCUUUCCCUAUACAUACGGGACUAGGUGCCAACAUACACAAAAAUAACUGAUAGGACUAAGGCAUGCAGCAGUUUCACAUUUUCUGCUGUCUGUAAUUAAAAAGUAAAGCUCAGACUGUAACUCUCUGGCUCUCUCAGCUUUGGAUAGCUACCACAUACCUCUUUUUAUGAUACUGUAAUGAUUUUAAAAUGUUUUUGUACAAUAACAGGUAGGCUAUGGAUAAACAGACAAAAGGUUGUUAGCCAGAAUGUACAAUGCUGACAUCUGCACCUGUGUAAUAUAUUGUAAAUAUUUGUAACAAUACCCUUUACAUUCCAAUCAAACUGUAAUAUAUAACAAAUACAAAUUGAAAGGAUAGCAUUGUUCAUGCUAUAGGCAAAAGAUAUAAUCUAGUGUUUCAACUUUGUCUUCAGAAAUUGAUCCAUGCAUACAAAAUAAAAGUAUUCAGUUUAUAUAGCAAAGUUGUUGCUUUCCAUGCACUUUAACUGGUUUCAGUUUCUCAGGUGAUUUUGCAAACUGUUGUAUCAAGUAUCUAUUUUAUACAUUUUGUGAUUGUAUGUGGUUACUCUCAGUGAAUUUAAAGUUAAGUAAUUCAAAAUCAAAGUAGCAAUAAGAAAGUUGAGCUUUUAACUGAAAAUGUAAUGAAGUGGCAUGGGAUUUGUAUACUUUUCUAAUUUCAAGCUUUUCAGUAAGAAAUAUUAUUGAAGUAUAUAUCAGCAGGUACUCUAUGCUUCACGAGCUUGAUCAAAAUUUUUGUAGAGCAGACCAAAAUUUUGAUAAAGUAUCUGAAACAUUUAUUUUGGAAGCAUUAUUAAAGUCCAUCAGAGACUUCCAGA